AAAAUCAGUCGUCUUCUGGCGCUGGCACAUUGCAGACGCUUUUUAUCAGAUAUACCUAAGUAUUAGCAACCAAAGGAUCAACCAUGUCGGAGGGCGAAUCCAAGUUUGGCUUCAAGGAUAUGGAGAAGGCGCUGGAGACGUUGAAGUUGCUGGAGGACCACGACAUGCAGUAUCGCAAGCUGACAGUGCGCGGCUUGCUCGGCAGGGCCAAAAGAGUGCUAUCAAUGACCAAGGCGGAGGAGAAGCUGAAGAACAUCAAUGCGGCCAUCGGAGUUUUUGAGAAGUGGCUGGAGGAGAAUGGCGGAGGAGCCUCCAGCAAGAAUGCCAAGACCGACAGCGAGGACAAGGUGGAGACAGUGCCAGGACUGGGCUUCAAGGAUAAGGCCGCUGCGGAGGCCACCCUGAGCAUCUUGGCGGAGCGAGAUCCGGACUACCAGAGGUUGGCCAUCAAGGGGUUGAUUGGCAGCUCCAAGCGCGUGCUGUCCGGCACCAAGAACGAGGACAAGAUCAAGGCCAUCAAGGAGGGCGUCCAGGUGCUGGAGGACUUCCUGGAGAAGUUCGAGGCUGAAAACCGCAUCAAGGACAACCGUGCCUAUUUGCCACUAGCCGUGGUCACCAAACUGCCGGAACCCAAGGAGGGCUUGGCCAGCGAGUUCCUGGAGGCCUAUGGCGGCUCCAAGGCCAAGGGCAACUACAAGCACCUGCGCACCAUGUUCCCCAAGGAGGAUGACCAGACCAGCUGGGACAUUGUGCGGAACCGCCAGUUGGCCAAGUUGCUGGAGCAGAUCAAGAGCGAAGAGGCCAAGCUCUUCGACGCGGAAUCUGGGGCACCUACCGAUCUCCACCUGCAGUUGAUCCACUGGGCAUACAGUCCGCAGCCGGACAAGCUCAAGCAGUACAUCGAGAAGCUGGCCAAGAAGACCCCGGAGAAGCGCAAGCAGGAGAGCAGCAGCAGCAGUGCCAGCAGCUCUAGCCAGGACUCCGAUGAGGAGGAUAAGCCCAAGAAGAAGAAGAAGAGGGAGGAGUGAGAGGUGACUGAAUGAGAACACUCUGCUGCCAUUUGAUUAACGAACAGAAACGGUUCAUACAGCCCUGUUUCCGGUUUCCAGCCGAUCCAAUUUCGCGUAUCGUAUAUAAAGUUUACAAUUUUUCUUGCUAUGACAUCGAUUCCUAAACUGCUGGAUUACAUGGGCUUCGAAACCGGAAACAGGUUUAAUAGUUUAUUAAGUAACUCAACCUCAACGCAGAACUACGAUUAGUGGUGGACACAUAGAUGUUUCUUUGGUAUAUCCCCCUCUAUAUACACAUAUUAUUAUGUAUUAAGCAUACAUAGGCGUGUAAGUACGUAUGAUAUAUGUAAAUGUUGUAUAAUACCAUGCGUUUAUGUCGUUUUGAUGAGCCUAGUCCUUGCAAUCAAUAACUAUGUAUGCCACUUUCGGGCAAAAACUAUAGAGUAGGUCACAUUAUACUUGAACAAAUAUAAAAUGAUGAAACCAUCUGA